AUGACCAACGACAGUGUGGAAUGCGACUUUAAAGUCAUCGACAAGUUAGCAGUCAACAUCCAGUUUGGGAUCUCCAUCCCCACCUUCAUUCUCGGCUUGCCUCUCAACGUCCUAGCCCUCUCCAUAUUCUGCCGCUUUUGGAGCAGACAGACCAAAACCUCAGUCUACAUGAUCAAUCUCGCACUUGCAGAUAUCCUGCUGCUUCUCUCACUCCCGCUUAAACUGUACUACUCUACUAAAGAAGCACCUGGACUCCUGUGUGCCUUUAUCCAGUCUCUGUACUUUGUCAAUACGUACGGCAGUAUCUUCAUCAUUGUCUGCAUUACUGUUGACAGAUAUAUCUGCAUAAGGCACCCAUUUGAAGGUCGGGCUAACCAAUCCCCCAAGUGGGCAAUCUUGAUUUGCUGCUUCAUCUGGGCAGUAACUUGGAUUUGCAGCAGCCCAAUGUAUGUGUUUCAAGAGAAAGAUGAAUUACUUUGUUUUCACAACAUGUCAAAACAGGCCUGGAGCAUUCCCUAUAUUGUUUCUGUGGAGAUCUUUGGAUUUCUGAUCCCACUCUCAGUGAUAACUUUCUGCUCUGCCCAAAACAUCUGGAUUCUUCUGAAUCACAAAAACCAUGCUAAAAGGAAAACAGAAGACAGAGGCUCCUUACUAGUAAUUAUCAUCAACCUUGUGGUGUUUUUGGUGUGUUUCACACCUGUCCAUCUUGCGAUCUGCCUACAGUGCCUGGUGAGACAGCACGUGAUAGUGGACUGCAGUCUGAAACAAAAAAUCAGCCUCUUCAUUCAGGUGUCAAUGAUGUUUGCCAACCUGAACUGCUGUCUCGAUACCAUCUUCUAUUACUUCGCUGUAAGAGAAUUUCGUGAGAAAACACACCUGAAAAAAAUUAUUGAACUGUGUCCUGUCUUUAAGCCUUGUGCCACAUGA